GACUGGACACAUUAAACCCAAGUGGACAUUACGUUUUUUACGCACGAGGUGUGCAGGAGAUUCCGCUUCUCUGUCACCUAAUCAUCGGUCCCGAUCUAUUUUGUGUGAUCUUGUUGUCGGAUAUUUAAGUGUUUUGUAAUUAAAGACUGCCUUCGUUCGGAGAUAUGAUACUCAGGAGAAGUCUCUUCUUGCUGCUCCUACCUACUUAUUUCCUCCAUGCAUUACCUCAAGAUGACGAGCAGGAGGACGAGACGUCGUUCGACCUGUUUGAAAUCAGCCACAUCACUCGCAAGACUCUGGGGGCCAAACAGUUCCGUGGGCAAAACUCCGACAGCCCGGCUUACCGCUUCAUCCGCUUUGACCACCUGCCCCCAGUGAGCCCCCCCAUAUUAAAACAAAUAGUACGUCAGAUCCAAAACAAUGAGGGCUUUGUGUUUGUGGCCACCAUGCGCCAGGACCGGACCUCACGGGGCACCCUGAUUGGUCUGGAGGCCCCCGAUGGCCGGCGGCAGUUUGAGAUCGUGUCCAAUGGACGGGCAAACACUCUGGACUUGGUGUAUUGGGUGGACGGCUCCCAAAAUGUGGUUUCCUUUGAGGAAGUGGACCUGUCUGACUCCCAGUGGAAGAAUAUCACACUUCAUGUACACGGGGAAAAUGCAAACCUGUUCGUGGGCUGCAACCUGAUAGACAGCUUCAUUCUGGACGAGCCCUUCUAUGAGCACCUGAAGGCCGAAGGGAACCGCAUGUAUGUUGCCAAGGGAUCCACUCGGGAGAACCACUUCAGGGGCCUUCUGCAGAAUGUGCGUUUUUUCUUUGACACCCCGGUGGAAGACGUCCUGCUGAGCAGAGACUGCGAGGUGCCUAAACAAGAAUAUGUCAAUAUUGUGAGCGAGAGUACAGAAAUUAUGGAUGUGAGUCCCUCGAUCACUACAAACAUUAUCGGUCAGCAGACAGACAAUCCGGGCGCAGAAAUGUGUGAGCGCUCCUGCGAGGAACUCAGCACCAUGUUCCAGGAGCUCAAAGGCCUGCGAGUUGUCGUUAGCAACCUUAUUGAUGGCUUGCAAAAAGUGACAGAGGAGAACACGCUUAUGAAGGAGGCCCUUGGGAGGAUGAAGAACACUAAAGAGAAAAACAUGUGCUGGCAGGAUGGCCGCCUGUUUGACGAUAAGGAGGACUGGGUUGUAGACAGCUGCACUAAAUGCACCUGCCAGGAGUCCAAGAUUGUUUGUCACCAAAUCACAUGCCCUCCAGUGGCCUGUGCCAUCCCAUCGUUUAUUGACGGCGAGUGCUGCCCCGUGUGUAUGCACAGCGAGGAUGGCUGGUCCCCAUGGUCAGAGUGGACAGAGUGCACUGUCACCUGCGGAACAGGAACUCAACAGAGGGGUCGGUCAUGUGAUGCAACAAGCAAUCCCUGCACCGGACCUUCAAUCCAGACCCGCAAGUGCAGCCUAGGAAAAUGCGACAGCCGUGUUCGCCAGGACGGAGGUUGGAGUUUGUGGUCGCCGUGGUCGUCCUGCUCAGUGACCUGUGGGGAGGGACAGAUCACCAGGAUACGACACUGCAAUGCUCCCGUCCCACAACUGGGGGGUAAAGACUGCGAGGGAAGCGGGAGAGAAACUCAGCGCUGCACCGCCAAACCCUGUCCAGUUGACGGCGGGUGGGGUCCUUGGUCUCCGUGGGCAACUUGUUCGGCAACAUGCGGAGGGGGAGUCAAAAGUCGGGCGCGAGUAUGCAACAGCCCUCAACCGCAGUACGGCGGCAAAAAUUGUAUCGGUGAGACCCAGGACAGUGACGUCUGCAACGUAAAAGACUGUCCUCUAGAUGGCUGUCUUUCUAACCCGUGCUUUGGGGGAGUGGAGUGCAACAGCUCACCAGAUGGAUCCUGGGAGUGUGGACCAUGCCCUGCUGGUUUCCGUGGAAACGGUACCAACUGUGAAGACAUAAAUGAGUGUGACAUGGUGUCGGAUGUUUGCUACAAAGUGAGUGGAACGCAGCGCUGCAUCAACACUGACCCGGGUUUCCACUGCCUGCCCUGUCCGAAGCGCUACAAGGGCACCCAGCCUUUCGGUGUGGGCGUGGAGGCUGCCAAAAAGAACAAACAGGUGUGUGAGCCAGAGAACCCAUGCAAAGACAAUACCCACAAUUGUCACAAAUAUGCCGAAUGCAUCUACAUCAGCCACUUCAGCGACCCGAUGUACAAGUGUGAGUGCAGGACGGGUUACGCCGGAGAUGGCUUCUUUUGUGGCGAAGACUCUGACUUGGAUGGUUGGCCCAAUCAGAACCUUGUGUGCGGUGCCAACGCCACUUAUCACUGCAAGAAGGAUAACUGCCCAAGCCUACCCAACUCUGGACAAGAAGACUUUGACAAAGACGGCCAAGGAGAUGCUUGUGACAAGGACGAUGACAGCGAUGGAAUUCUAGACGAGCGGGACAACUGUCCCCUACUUUACAAUCCUCGCCAGUUUGACUUUGACAAGGAUGAAGUUGGCGACCGCUGCGACAACUGUCCCUAUGAACACAAUCCUGCUCAAAUAGACACAGACCACAACGGAGAAGGGGACGCCUGCGCAGUGGACAUCGACGGAGAUGACAUUUUAAAUGAGAGCGACAACUGCCCCUAUGUGUACAACACUGAUCAGAAGGACACCGACAUGGAUGGAGUUGGCGACCAUUGUGACAACUGUCCAUUGUUGCACAACCCUGAACAGACCGACGUAGACAAUGACCUGGUUGGAGACCAGUGUGACAACAACCAGGACAUUGACGAAGACGGCCAUCAGAACAACCAGGACAACUGUCCCUACGUGGCCAACGCCAACCAGGCGGACCAUGACAAGGAUGGCAAAGGAGACGCUUGCGACUACGAUGAUGAUGAUGAUGGUAUCCCUGACGACAGAGACAACUGCAGGCUGACGCCCAAUGCAGACCAGAUUGACUCUGAUGCUGAUGGAAGAGGGGAUGCCUGUAAAGAUGACUUUGACAAUGACAACAUCCCAGAUAUUCUUGAUGUGUGUCCGGAGAAUGAUGCUAUCAGUGUCACAGACUUCAGAAAGUUCCAGAUGGUCCACUUGGAUCCUAAGGGAACCACUCAGAUCGAUCCCAACUGGGUGGUCCGACACCAGGGAAAAGAGCUGGUUCAGACUGCCAAUUCUGACCCAGGCCUUGCAGUAGGUUUUGAUGAGUUCAGUGCUGUGGACUUCAGUGGAACGAUGUACGUGAACACGGACAGAGAUGAUGACUAUGCGGGCUUUGUUUUCGGCUACCAGUCAAGUGGGCGCUUUUAUGUAGUGAUGUGGAAGCAGAUCACACAGACUUACUGGGAGGACAAGCCCUCCAAGGCCUUUGGCAUCUCUGGCGUUUCCCUCAAAGUCGUCAACUCGACCACCGGCACCGGAGAAAACCUCAGGAAUGCUUUGUGGCACACGGGCAACACUCCUGGACAGGUGCGGACUUUGUGGCAUGACCCCAAAAACAUAGGUUGGAAGGACUACACAGCAUACAGGUGGCAUCUCAUCCACAGACCAAAGACUGGUUUUAUAAGGGUUGUGGUCUAUGAAGGUAAACAAAUAAUGGCCGACUCAGGACCAAUUUAUGACAAGACAUUUGCCGGAGGAAGGUUAGGCUUGUUUGUCUUCUCUCAAGAGCUGGUGUUCUUCUCUGACCUCAAGUAUGAAUGCAGAGAUGAGCUGGAGUUUGCAACUGUGUUCAUAAGAUAACUGAAUCGAGUCUGACAGAAAAAUAACACCAGUGGGCAAAAGACAAGAACCUCUCAAAGUAAACGUCACCUCAGCACUAAUCUCAAAGUAAAUGAGGAUUUGCAUAUUCCCCCAUGCUUGAUCCAUCCAGAGGAGAGGAAACCCUGGCCGAUUUUAGUUUUCCUGUUACGUAUACAUUUUUUAAACUAGUAGUAGAAAAUGCUUUAUUACUUUUUGAGCAGAUUACAUAAUUAUACCCAGUGUGCCUACAUUUUAUAGGAUUCUUUGUACAAUCACUUACUUGCCGUAUAGCUUUCCCUCGGGUUGUUUCCUGCAUCUUAAAUAAUGUAGGAUUUGGGACAAAGAUGCUCACUUGUGGAUUAACAUACAGUGUCUGACAAACAAAGUGCAACCAAAGAAUAAUCCUUUUGCUUUCAAGCACAUUACUAUUUUGCUUCAUCAUUUUCAUUCUGUGUUUUUUGUUUUGUUUUAUUUUUUUAUGGAGAACAAUUUAAAUAAGCCUUUAUAGUAAAUACCAAAGAUGUUUAUACUAAGUCUGUAUUAUAAUUCCUUUUUGUAAAUUAUUUAUGCUCUGCUUGUUGUGUUUGUUAGCAUUUUUUGCAUUUUUUGUAAAUAAUUAUUUAUUUGUUUACACUGACAAAGUGCAUAAUUGUAUAUCACAAACAUCAAGAUAGCACAUUAUAGUAUUGCAAGAUUUUUUUGAUAUGCAUAUCCUUAAAUUGCUAGUUUUUUUAAAUAUUACACCAACUGUAACAUAGAGCGUUGGAGAGGAUAAACAUUAGCUGCUUUAAAGUAAUCCCAUACAUAAAUACUGCAAGUGUUUGUGUAUUUGAUCAUAGCUGCCAGAGGAAGUAGUUGUAGUAGUAUGUGUGUGUUUCAAAAAGCCACUGUUUAUUUUCUUUGCUACCCAGACAGGGCCUCGCUGUUCAUAAAGUGAUAUAUCAUUUGGUAUCAUUUGGAACAUAUUUUAGUAGCUACUUAAGGCUGCUGCAUAGUUUUGCGUCUGCGUCUUUACGGACAGUCGAUGUCAACGGACUCGUUUUAGUUUGUGCUGCAAAGCGAUUCACCUCCAGAACACCAGGUGGAGUUUUUCGUCGAAGACGACCUAGAGAGUGAUGUCUUUGUGUGUGGAAGUCGUUGGGUUUGUUUAUUUAUAUAUCAUGGACUUUUUUUGCCUCCUGCAUCAGCGCUGCUGCUUUUCAUUGCCUUUUUUUUCCCGGGCAUAUUUGUCCCGUAUUUCCCUCCACAACUUUGUGCGCUCCUCAACGUUUGCAGAGAUCUCCCUCCAUGAAUUGAAGGCCAUCCGCGCGUCCUUAUAGCCCGCCAAUGACGCGUUGCACAAGUGGUCAUAUUUACGGAUUCUUCCGACAAAAACUCCUAAAAAAUCUUCGUUUUAAAAAUGGCGGCAUUGUGCUAUGAAACCGGAAAUGUGAGACUGCGGAAAGGAUGUAGUUAGCAGACCAAUCACAGCCUUGCGGCCUUGCGUUUCUCCGAAAAUGCAGAACCAUAAACUAGGCUGCAAUACUCUACGAGGAGUUAAUGAAUGGUCAAUCAAUAAAAGUGGCUGCAAGUUUGGAUAAUGUCACCAAUACCUUACAAAAUCCUGAGACAAUUUUCGUAACACAUCCACUAAAAAGAGGAUUGAUCAAGGUUUUGACAUGAGUUAAGGCAGUUAAAGGUAGUUUAAUACUUAUGAUUGUAGUUUAAGUGUACUAUUAGAUCUAAUGUUCUGUCCGAAGCACCAAAUUUAACGUCAACAGCAGAGGUUGCGGUUCGGAAGUUAGUGAUUGUAUGUGAUGGAGUCGUGAAGAUCCAAUACUGUAAAAAUAUGUUAGGCAAACUAACUUUUCAUUCAUAUGUUAUUCACAAGUAUCACUGAAUGAAACUUGGUUGAAAUGGAAUCAGACUGUGUGACUGUAGCUCGGAUCGAUUUAUUACCGGUCACCUUGUUUUUGUUUCUAUAUAGCAACCGUGUUUUUUCCGUUUUCUAUCUUGUUCAUUUUUUUGAGACUUUGCAAUGCACAAAAUGUACAUUUGUAUCCUCAUGUUGUUAGAUUUACAUUUUCUCCAAACAUUAGUGUGAGGUUAUUUGGUUUCUUGAAUAAAUCUCUUGUACACCA